GCGCUGCUGCAGAUUCGAUUACGUCAGAAUCAGAUAAUGAUCGAGAAUAAUCCAAAUGUGAUUCAGCGCAGAGCGCUAUACCACUUAACUUAGCCCCUAGAAGAUUGAAAUAAUGCAUAAAGUAUUUUAGACCUAUAUUCUAUGGACAGAGAUACAUAUCGAGAGCAAUGAUUGAUUGAUAGCCGAUAUAACUGUCAUCAAUUGUCGAUGUUGACAGAAUUACACUACAGAGAAGAAAAUCUAAGCGCACUAGCACUGUAGGUACGCGUGCUGGUGAUCGAAAACUGACAUUUGUGAAAGAAGAUGAACAUAAAGAUGAAUGCUACGGAACUAAAGGAACAGGGGAAUCGCUUUUAUGGAUCACGCAAAUAUGAAGAGGCCAUUGGAUGCUAUAACAAGGCCAUAAUGAAAAACCCAUCGGAUCCCAAGUUCUUUACCAAUCGAGCACUGUGUCAGAUAAAGCUGAGACAUUGGGAUCAUGGUGCGGAUGACUGUCGACACGCUUUAGAACUUGAUCCCUCCAACAUCAAGGCACAUUUCUUCCUGGGACACACUCUAGUUGAAGAGGAGAGAUACGAUGAGGCCAUCACAAGCUUUCGCAGAGCACAUGACCUUGCCAGAGAACAGAAAGUGAAUUUUGGGGAUGACAUAGCUGCUGCACUAAGAUCAGCAAAGAAAAAGAGAUGGAAUAUCCUAGAAGAAAAGAGAAUUGCACAAGAGAUUGAACUGCAGACACAUCUUAUGAACCUCAUGGAAGAAGAUAAACAAAGAAAAAUUGAAGCACUGAAAGAGAAGAUAGGUGAACAAGAUGGGGAGGAAGACAAAGAUAUCCAUACUGAUGCCACAAAGAAGAUUGAAGAAGACUUUGAGAGACAUCAGAAGGAACUAAAUAGAUUAUUUGCUUCAGUUGAUGAAAGGAGACAGGUAAGUCAUGUUUUCACUGCUUAAUUUAUUGCUCAUGUGUGAUGGAUUUUAAAUGGUAUUAUUGCUGAUUGGUCUACUUCUGCCUUGUCUUAUUUUGGUUUGGUAUCAUCUCACAUGGACUUCAUUUACAAUCAGUUUUGUCCAAUUGCCAUUUAGACCAUUUACCUAUUGGUCUUAUUUCCAAUUAUAUUCUGACCCCAUUUUAAUUUCCUCUAGGUCUAUUAAACACAACUUAGUUUAUAUAAAGGUUGGAUUAAUUGUUUACCCUCCAAAUCUUUUUAUGACAACAGGCCCGUACCACAAAGGUUAGCGAUUUUGGCAAUGCGACAAAGAUGUGUGAUGUCACCUGUGAACAGCUUUCCCUUUGAUGGGCUCUAAAAUAUCCCCAAAAAUGUCUCUUUUUGCUCUUUCUUAUUUUGAUACAAACUCUUCAUCCAUGAUUUAUUCUUUGAAAAUCUAUAUUACAUGCCCUCCUAUAGAAAGAAUACAAUUAUCUACUGAUGUGAUGAAAGAGGCAGUUUAAGUGAAAUACAUACAAAAGUAAUGGAAAAGUUGUUCACAUGUGACAUCACACAUCUUUGUCACAGCUCAUUAAAUAUGCGAGUUGGUUUCCGCAUGAUUACUUAUGAAAUCUUCAACGGAAUAAAAAAAAAAAUUGGUGUGUAGGUAGAUGACACCAAAAUACAGGCUAAGUUUGAAUUCGGAGUCCGCAGGUCAAAGGUCACCGCUCAUUAAAUAUGCGAGUUGGUUUCUGCAUGAUAAUUUAUGAAAUAUUCAACGAAUUAAAAAAAGUUUUGGUGUGUAGGUAGAUGACACCAAAAACAGGCUAAGUUCGAAUUCGGAGUCCGCAGGUCAAAGGUCACAGCUCAUUUAAUAUGCAAGUUGGUUUCCGCAUGAUAACAUGAAAUAUUCAACAGAUGAAAAAAAUUUUGGUGUGUAGGUAGAUGGCACCAGAAUACAGGGUAAGUUUGAAUUCAGAGUCGGCAGGUCAAAGGUCACAGCUCGUUAGAUAUGCGAGUUGGUUUCCGCAUGAUAACUUAUGAAAUAUUCAACGAAUUAAACAAAUUCUUGGUGUGUAGAUAAAUGACACCAAAAUACAUGCUAACUUCGAAUUCGGAGUCCGCAGGUCAGAGGUCACAGCUCGUUAGAUACAUGUAUGCGAGUUGGUUUCUGCAUGAUAACUUAUUAAUUUUCAGUGGAUUUAAAAAAUUGGGGGUGAGUUGGUAGAUGACACAAAAAUAUAGGCUAAGUUUGAAUUUGGAGUCCGCAGGUCAAAGGCCAUAGCUCAUUAUACAUGCAAGUUUUUUCCGCAUGCUAACUUUUGAGAUAUUCAACAGAUUUAAAAAAAAGUGGGGUGUGUAGGUAGAUGACACCAAAAUACAGGGUAAGUUUGAAUUUGGAGUCUGAAGGUCAAAGGUCAUAGCUCAUUAUAUAUGCGAGUUGGUUUCCGUAUGAUAACUUUGGAAAUAUUCACCAGAUAUUAAAAAUGUUUGGUGCCUGGGUAGAAGACAGCAAAACACAGUCAGGUCACAUCAAAUGACCUGACUGUCAUAUCUUCUGUCAGAGAUUAUUAUGGAAAGGGUGAGUCUUUAGGUCAAAGGUCUAAAUUUGUUCAUUAUAUAUAUACAUGUUGGUUUCUGCACGAUAUUCAGUUCAAUCAUAGUGAAUGAAUUUCUGAUUGCGUUAAGCGGGGGCAUCUGUGUCCUUUGGCACGUCAAAUUUCUAGUCUUAUUAUUUUUUCAAUUUUUUUCAAACUUUCGUUGAUCUGUUUCUUAAAUUUUUCUGUUUUCACACAAGCUAUCUUGUUUCAAACGUUUCAUUUUCCUUUAAUUGUCAUUAUACUUCUUGUUAUACACUUCUUAUUUUAACUAGAUAUUAGAUGUCUACGGAAGAUGAUACCAUCAUCUAUACAAAUACAAACUACAGAAAAUUGCAUAAAAUGUACUGUGCAGUGUAUAUAAAAGAAUGCAAUCUGAAAAAUCCCAAUUUUGGACUCGCAUGAACAUGACCAAUUAGUCUUUUAUGGAAAGUAAGAGAAAAAUGAGGAUAAGCCUCUGAGCAGAGGUGUACGGUGGGUGGAUUGAAUGUUUGCAUUAAAAGGCAAAAUAAAUAGACAGAGAUACAUGCAGUCUGCAGAUGAAAUGGAGAGAAAGAUGAAGAGAGAGAGGGGGGAUGUAGAGAGAGCAUGAAGAGGAGAUAAGAUGGAGGGUAAAAAAUAGAGGAAGAGAAGGCGCAGGAGGGAGAGAAGGUAUUGUGGAAUAGAUACUUUAUUUUUUUAAGAGAAUGGCUCUGAUUAAAAUCAAAAGGAGCUAGAGAGAGGGGGUGGAGAGAAAGGGGAGGUAGAAAGAUACAGGAGAGAGAGAGAGAGAAAGAGCAAGGGAGAAAGAUACAGGGGAGAGAGAGAAAGAAAGAGCAGGGAG